AUGCAUUCCACAAGUUCUUCUGGCGAUUCUCUCCCCGAUAUCAAUUCAGAGAUUCCGGGCGAUGACGACGAUUGUAUCCCUUUGGCCGGGGGUGCCACUUCGAGGGAAGAGUUACUCGCCAUACUACCACCGAGUCGAUAUUGCGAUGCACUGAAGGAUGUUUACUUCCGUGUAUUCUCUCCUCUAUUCCACAUCCUUCACGAUCUAACAUUUGAAGCCGAAUACCAACAGUUCUGUCACGACCCAAACAGCGUUUCCACUGCAUGGAUUUCUCUUUUGUUCAUCAUCCUCGGCAUUGCCGUCACUGCUCUCCACGACGACGAUCCCCUGCUCUCCGAUCUUGGGCGGGAGAGGACCGUCAUCCGCAACGUCAAAGCCCUAUCAUCGCGUUAUCGGUCUGCUUCUUUGCGGUGCCUAUCAGCGGACGGUAUUCUUUCUCGGCAUUCCAUCAACUCCCUCCAGUCUCUUAUUCUGAUCAACUACGCACGACUCCAUAGAGGACUACCAACUUGGACACUGCUAGGCCUGACUCACCACGUUGCCACCUCAAUGGGUUGUCACGUCGACCCAGAACGGUUUGCUCUCGGACCAAUAGAACGGGAGGAGCGGCGUCGAGCAUGGGCAGGACUAACUAUGCUAUAUAACACCCAUAACAAUGCAUACGGCAUUCUAAAUCCCGGCCUGGCAACAAUGGGCACAAAGCUCCCCUUGGACGUAAAUGACGUGGACCUCCUAACCGGCACAGCCUCUGAGCUCAGCACGCCUCGGCCAACCCAAAUGACCUAUCUCCUGCUGCAAUACCGUCUCUACAACGUCUCGUCCAUGAUAUGCGAGAGUCUCUUCAGCUUUCCACCCCGGUACACGCCGGCGCAGCUAGAAGUCGAGAUUCUCUCCGUACACGAAAUGUGCGAAAAACGCUACCAGCUCGAGCCGGCCCUCGAGCCCCCUCCUGUCCACCAUCUUGCCAACCUGAACAUCCUCUACAGCUACAUCCACCAGCUCCUCCUCCUUCUGCUCCGCCCCGCGCUUUGCCGAUAUCUCCAAGGCGAUGUCACGACAGAAACCUGCGCCGCCCGUGUCAAAUGCCUGGCGUCCGCAAAGACGUCCUUGACUAUCCAUCAAACCCUCCACGAAUCGCCCCAGUUUGCGUCCUACAAGUGGUACAACAGCAACCAGGGCAGCUUCCACGCCUUCCACGCGGCUGUCAUUCUCUGCGUCAUGCUAAUGUACCCAGAGAGCGCGCACGAGGCGGCCGAAAUCAAAGAGCUCCUCUGGAAAUCGCUCGAUGUUUUCGCAGCCCUAUCCAACAGGAGUACCUUCUGCAGCAAGGCCGUUCCUGUCCUUCGCCAGAUAAUUGACGCCGCAUGCUCAAACACCCCUCAAUACCGACAACCUCAACCUCAAGUCCAACCGCAGCAGCAGCAGCAGCAGCAGCACAUAAUGUCGCCAUCGCCAGUUGACCCAAGCCCGCACCCAAACAUGACCAUGACCAUGACCAUGACCCCAAGCAUGAACGGCGGUCUCCUGACACCCACAACACCAACAGGAAGCUCGGGCUUCCCCCACUCGCCCAUGGAGUUCUUCACGGAGUCUCUGCUCGCCCGGCUGCAGCCGCAGAAUUGGCUCUCGCCGUCCUCCGUGCCUUGGGAUGGGUGGGAUUGUCUUUUCCUCUUGCUGUCGCCUUCGCCGACUUCGGCGCAGUUUGUGGGUUGA